AUGGAAAACACUCCAGUUGUGACGGCGGAGUUUUUAGGGAGAACCGCCAUCAUUACUCUGAACAAUCCGAAGAAGCUGAAUGCUCUCAGUCAAGAUGACUAUUAUGAACUAGCUAAACUUCUACGCCAGAUUGCCAAGCGAGAUGAGGUAUUGAUCACGCUUCUUAUCGGGAAGGGUCGUUUCUUUUCGGCGGGCGCCGAUGUGAAUCGUCAGUCUUCCAAUUCCGAAAAAGUCGAACUUCGCCGACAAUGGAUCCCGGCUCUUGCAAUCAACAAUCUGGAACUGGCCAAUGCCUUCUAUUCGCAUCCGAAGAUCCUGGUCACGGCUUUGAACGGGCCUGUCAUCGGGCUCUCCGCAGCCAUCGUCGCCCAUUCGGAUCUCAUCUUUGCCACUCGCGAUACGUACCUUUUAACGCCGUUUUCGUCUCUGGGAUUAGUGACAGAGGGCGGUGCAAGUGUGGCCUUUGUGCGGCGGAUGGGUCUCAGCAAAUCAAAGGAGGCUCUACUGUUCAGUCACAGAAUCAGUGUUGAGGAGUUGCAACAAACCGGAUUCGUGAACUAUAUUCUUGACACCCCGGGUGAUUGUGAAGGAUUCCGUCAACUUGUGCUUCAGGAGUUGAAUUCUCGUGUCGGUGAUCAUUUAGUCGGCUCUAGCAUCUUGCAGAUCAAGCAGCUUCUUCGCGGACCAAGUGACCGCGAGUUCAACGAUCAGGCGAUAAAAGAGUUUUUCGGGGGUCUGGGGAGGUUCGCAGAGGGGAUUCCGCAAGCUGAAUUCGAGAAGAUUGCUUCUGGUAAAAAGAAGCACAAGCUUUGA